AUGCUUCAGGUCGCUAUCGCUGGUGCUGGCGUUACUGGCCUAGUCACGUCGAUCGCGUUCGCACAGCACGGUCACCAGAUCACGAUUUACGAGCGCAAAAGCGAAGAUGUAUUCGCGAAUGAAGGUGGCGCCGGAAUACAGCUACAGUCAAAUGCGAUGCGAAUACUCCACACUUUGGGGAUUGAUAUCGGCAAUGUUGGCCAUGACAGCGGCGGCGUUGUUGUGAGACGGUAUGCCACGGAAGGACCCCUUGGGCUUGUGAAGCCCGUAGCAGGGGCUCAGAUAUUCGUGCUCAGGUCCGACUUUCGGCGAUUGAUGCUGGCACAAGCGCUGGCCAGAGGAGUUCGGAUACAUUUUGAUACGGAUAUAGCAGCUGUGGAUGCAGCUCGGCCGGCGCUUCUGCUGAAGAAAGGCGCAUCGAUCAACGCAGACUUGAUAAUUGCAGCAGAUGGUAUCAGGUCGAAAGUUCGGCGGUCUCUGUUCCCCUCUGUUCAGCCGCAGGUACGAAGAGAAUGCACCUUUCAAUUUCAAGUACCUUUCUCGGAACUGGAGAGCGAAGCUGCCAGAACGAUCAUCAGUUCGCGGAAUGCCAACCUCAUUGUCGGACCGAACACUACCAUUGUGGCAAGUCCGAUAUUCUCUCGAGAGAUCUUUGACCUGCAGUUUAUUACCCAAGGCUACGGCUUGGAGGACGAUCCACAUCCUGAUACAUGGAACGAGUAUAUUCCCGACAUGACUGACCUUCGACGACGGUAUCGGAACCACGGGCCUGUCACUCAAGAGUCGAUAAGCAGAGGCAAGGGUGUCUGGAAGUGGAGACAUGCCGAAUGCUUUGCGCCUUCUUGGACCAGCGACAACGGCAGGGUCAUCCUUGCCGGUGAGUCUUGCCAUGCCAUGCUCCCAUAUGCAGGCCAAGGGGCUGGGAUGUGUAUAGAGGACGCUGCUGUUCUCGCCGAAAUGUUCCACAACGUUUCCGCGGGUGUUGAUAAUGAGCAAAUCAGCCAGCGCGCGAAGCUGUAUCAGGAUCUUAGACAACCAAGAACAACUAGAUGUCAUCGGCGAGCGCAGGCACUGGGUGCCUCAUUUAGCCAGCCAGACGGCGAGGGACAACGGAAGAGAGAUGCUGCGACGAGGACCGCGCAGGCGAAGAAGGACAAGUUGCCGCCGCAGGGAGAUCCCAAUGCUCAUCCGUUGUCGAACGAGUUUGAUAACUGGUUGGAGCAGUAUGAUGCUGUUCGAGAGGCUCGAAAAGCCCUACAAAAAGCCGGUUUACUAGAGGUGCAGGCAUCGAAACUAUAG